UUCAUGUGGCUGGCAGCUUCAGUCAAGGGUCGCUCGCUCUUUGUUGGCUUGCUGUCUGUGCUCCACCAACAGCAUCAACACAAUGAUCCACCUCCUGAUGGGAGCCGCGUUGUUGGGAAGUCUGGAUGUCUCUGUCACAGAACAAGUUCCAGUGAUGCUUGCUCCGCCCACCCAGGUGAGGUUUGACUCUGUGAACUAUAAAAACAUCCUGCGCUGGACUCCACCCAACACCAGCCACCCACUGCUGUACUACAUUCAAUGGAAGAUUUAUGGAGAGCCUGAAUGGUUGGAUGUGGAUGGCUGUCAGGGGAUACAAAAGCUCCAGUGUGACCUCAGCACUGUGACCUCUGAACCCAGAGAGUGGUACUACGCCCGAGUGCACGUCUCCUCCCUGCCCUCCAGCAAAUCAGCCUGGGUUCUCUCCCCGAGAUUCAGCCCACGUUGGGACACAAAGAUCAGCCCUCCCGCUCUGAGGCUUAAUGUCACAAAUCAAGGGGUGGUGGUCAGCGUGAGAUCCCCCAAAGCUCUGGUCAAGAAGAUGCAACGCAGGCUGCAUUACAAGAUUUACCUCACACACACAAGUGGACAGGAGGACGUGCUUGAGAUGGAGUGCUGCUCUAACAAGCUGAAUCUGAAGGAGCUAAAACACGAAGAGAGAUACUGCCUCCAAGCUCAGACCACCAUCCCCCACCAGGCCAAGAGCAGCCCUCUUAGCUCCUUGAAAUGUGUCACUGCACCCUAAUCACACAGAAAAACUUCCAACAUGAUGCAUUGAGGGACUGCAAUUAUAUCGGUUUAGCUUUGAUUUUUGUUUUUACCACUACCUCGACGGCUGCAGUCAAAAAAGUCAGUGCCAAAAAAUGUGACUCACUUUAUCAUGAAAGGCAUUAAGAAUCGCACAUUUUUGUUUGAACAGUAGGGUCGAAUUUAACUUUGAGUGCGCAGAAUAUUUGAGGUGAAUGGUUUUAUCCUCCUAUAAUCUUUAGCUGAAUUGCUUCAAUCACAAGUAUAAUUGUUUUGUCUUUUUCUUAAAAUUUUUGGCUUUGUUUUGUUACUUUUCAAAAUAUGUCUUCGGACAUAGGACAGUGACAGUGACAUGGAGUUGUAUCAAUUGGCUUGCUUAUAACGAAACACUAACUUUUUUUGUUGUUGUCCCAUCUGGUGAUAUCACCCAGAAUGCCAAAUGUAAUAUUCUUAAACAAUAAAUGAAGUUAUAUCUUUAAAUAAACUCACAAGUCUUAGUAAGGGAAGUAGUUCAGACAUUUAAAAGUGUACAAGAAUACAUAAUCUUUGGCUCCCCACCCCCCCAAUAUUGAGUUUAUAGUUAUUCAGUAAUCAGAUUUGAAUUAGUCAGGACUAAUGAUUUACAUAAUCACUUCUAAAUGGAGUCAAUUCAUGACCACCAGAUGAAUAUUUGGAUUUAACGUUGAACAUUGUUCAUUUCAUUUGUACUUGAUCAAAUGUAGUUUGAUUAAUUUAAAGUUUUAUUUCCCUUGUGUAUCUUAUCCAUGUGUGACAAUCAAUGAGUAUCAUAUUGAGUUUUUUUGCAAAGAGCUUUAGUGUAAAACUGUUCAAAUGCACAACUCUAAGAAUGUAACAUGCAAAAUGUAGUUGUUGGAAAUCUCAUCGCAAAUAAAGACACGCUGGUUAAUUCUG